UAUCCGUAAUGAUGAAACUCGAUUAAAUUAGAAUUUGCUAGCUAAGUAUGCAUAAAUAGACAAAACUCUCUCUUUAUCAUCUCAGCAUCCUUUUUCUUCUCAUGAACCACCGGACCACUAUAAAUACUUCUAGUUCUUCCACCACAAACCUUGUUACUACUCUCAAAUCUUUCAGCAAUUUUCCGACGAGGAUAUGCUUCACUGUUGUAGGUCGAGUUCAAGGCGUUUCAUUUCCCAGACUCCAUUUUCAAUCUCAACUAGACUUUGUUUCCCGUCAAUUUUCACCCAUUUUCACUGUCACUCUUCAGCCAAUCAUUCCCACAAAACCCAAAGUGAGCUUCUUGACUUCUUGGACCAUUUACUUCAACAAUGCGGCCUUAAUCUUCAACAGCUGAAGCAAAUUCAUGAAAAUAUCAUAAUCACUGGAUCAUCAAAUUCUUCUUUUAUAGCUGCCAGACUCAUAUCCGUUUACUCUAAAUUUGGGCUUGUCAAUGAAGCUCAAAAAGUAUUUGAAACCUGCCCAACUGAUUGCUUCUCGAAUUUGCUGUUGUGGAAUUCGAUCUUGAGGGCUAAUGUAUCCCAUGGGAAAUGUGAAGAAGCUGUAAAGCUUUAUGUUAAGAUGCGUGAAUAUGGUAAUUUGGCUGAUGGGUUUGGUUUUCCGUUAAUUAUUCGAGCAUGUGGCAUGUUCGGUGACCAUAAUCUCUGCAGUGUAGUGCAUUGUCACGCUAUACAAAUGGGUUUUAGAGAUCAUCUUUAUGUUGGAAAUGAAUUGAUGAACAUGUAUGGGAAGAUUGGGCGUAUGGAUAUUGCAAGUAAAGUGUUUGAUGGAAUGUCUAUGAGAACUCAAGUAUCAUGGAAUAUUAUAGUUUCAGGUUUUGCGCAGAACUUUGACUGUGAUGCUGCUUACAAGACGUUUCUGCUGAUGGAACCUCAGGGGUUUGAACCAAAUUCUGUCACUUGGACAUCAUUGUUAUCUAGUUUUGCUAGGUGUAGACGUCAUCAGGAUACGUGGAAACUUUAUGUUUUGAUGAGAAAGAAACAAGUUGAAGCUACUGCUGAGGCUAUUGCUGUAGUAAUAUCAGUUUGUAUUGGUGACAAUGGGAUUGAUAAGUGUGAGACGGUGCAUGGAUACGUUAUCAAAGGGGGCUUUGAAAAUAAUUCUAUUGUGAUAAACUCAUUAAUGUGUACGUAUGGGAAAUGUGGUGCUGUUAGACAGGCUGAAUGUCUCUUUUCCAGGUUGCAAUUAAAAACUAUAGUGAGCUGGAAUUCUUUAAUAUCUUGUUAUGCAGAAUCAGGUUUAUAUAACGAGGCCUAUUCGUUAUUUUUGCAGUUACAAGUGUUAGAUGAUCCAAAGAUGAAACCUAAUGUCAUAAGUUGGAGUGCUGUUAUAGGGGCAUUCUCUAUGGCCGAGAGGCAUGAGGAGUCCUUAGAAAUCUUUCGAAAUAUGCAAGUUGCUAGAGUACUGGCCAAUGAUGUUACGAUUUCAAGUGUUUUAUCAGUUUGUGCUGAGCUUUCAAACUUCCAUCUUGGUAUGGAAAUCCACGGUUAUUCAAUAAGGUAUCUAAUGGAUAAAAGUACUUUGGUAGGAAAUGGGUUAGUUAAUAUGUACAUAAAGUGCGGUAGUUUGUGGAAAGGAAACAUAGUAUUUAAGGGAGUAGGAAAAAAAGAUUUGAUUUCAUGGAACACAAUGAUAUCUGGAUUUGGAAUGCAUGGACUUGGUGCUACUGCCUUAGAAACAUUUGAACAGAUGACUAGCGCAGGAACUAAGCCAGAUGGAAUUACUUUUGUUGCAGUUCUUUCUGCAUGUAGUCAUGCAGGCCUUGUUGAUGAGGGGUAUAAAGUUUUCGAUCAGAUGAAGAAAGUGUUUGGAGUCGAACCACAAAUGGAGCACUAUGCUUGUAUGGUAGAUCUUCUUGGUCGUGCUGGUCUAUUGCAGCAGGCUAGUGAAAUGGUGCAAAACAUGCCAAUGAGGCCCAAUGCUUGUGUCUGGGGAGCACUACUCAGCUCUUGUAAAAUGUAUAAAAACACGGAAGUCGCAGAAGAAACUGCUGCUCAGAUUUUCAACCUUGAGUCUGGGAUGACGGGAAGCUACAUGUUGCUCUGUAAUUUAUAUGCUGUAAAUGGAAGGUGGAAGGAUUCAGCAAACGUGAGGAUAUCAGCGAAGACGCAGGGUUUGAAAAAAGCUCCAGGACAAAGUUGGAUUGAGGUGAAAAAGAAGGUUUACAUGUUCUUAGCUGGACAACCUAUGGAUUCAGAGAUGGAAGAUGUUCAUAUAAUGCUUAAUAUUCUAAGCCUUCAUAUGGCUAAAGAAGGAUGCACACCCCAAAAGAGCUUUGCUAUGCAAUGUGCAGAAGAACAAGAAGAUUAUCUGUAUUAUGCAUCAUGAAGAAAUCUAUGUCUAUGCUCGAUGCAGGAAAACUACAAUCUAAUAUUUAAACCAGCCCAAAGCCAUUGUUCGAUAAACAAAGAUCUGCUCGGAGCCCUCUGUAGAACUUAUGUGAACAGCUGACCUCCCUUCCAGUCUUCUCUAUAUUUAUUUCAGGGGUCAGCCCUAUAUGAGUUGGCGGUGCAGUCACUUCAUUACUCAGUAAAACCUUCUGGAGCUUUACAAUGGGUGAAGGCCCCAGCAGAUUGAUGGCAGCUAGUUUCGCAUACCGAUUGAUCGGUUGACACUUAAAAGAAGGAAGAACAAAACAUACACAACUCAUUGGGAGUUCGGGCAAAAUUGUGAAGUCAGUUGAUUCUCAGAAAUUUCCUCUUGCGGAUCUCUCUACUACAAAAAUUCAGCGAAGUACAGUUUGUGAAGGUAAACAGAGUAGCAGCACCUUUAGAUCUUGAUGUGCAAGCAUGUCUAAGGAUUCACCCUCUUCCUUCAAUUGGAGUCUGUUCCCUUGUUGAAUAGCUUCAUCAUUAUGAAAUGAACAAGUGUCAAAACUGUAGUCCAAAAUAUAGAAAGAAAUAAAGAAAAAGAAGAGCAAUUCUUACAAUGCCA